UUUUUGAUACAACGUGGCUUAUAAGUCAGGUUAUACUUGAUAUUAAAUAUUGUGUAUAUUAAUUUUGUUUAUCAACUAAUAAUACAUUAAUCAUGAAUGCUUACAAGCGUAAUAUGGACAUUGAAAAUGAUGCUGAAAAACGUGCUCAUCAUAAUGCAUUAGAAAGAAAACGUCGUGAUACAUUAAAAGAGAGCUUUGCACACCUCAGAGACGUCGUACAUAGAUCGGAAGGUGGUACCAGAGCAAUCAGUCGUAGAGAGAUUUUAAAACAUACUUCGGAUUUUGUAAUUAACAUGACAAAUAAAAUUACGACUGAGGAAAAUACAGUAGAAAAAUUGAAUCGUCAAAAUGGUCAACUUUUGGAUCAAAUUCAGAUGUUAAACCGAAGACUUGAAUCUGGUGAAGUUUUCGCUGAAGAAGAUCUGGCAUUAUUGAGUACUCUCUGACACUAUGUACUAUAAAAAUUGCACGAAUAAUCAUGUUUUUUUUUUUUUCGUCAUUUUGAAUUGUAAACUUUAAUUUGUACUUUCCUUAAUUGUAAUUAAAUUUAGAGCUAAUAAUUACAUUUUUAUCGUACAUAAAUUAUAACUUGACUUAUUUUUAUUUCUAUAUGUUUUAAACUAAAAAAAUGAAGAUGUAUUUUUAGGUUUUAAACAGAACAAGUCUUCUCUCUGUUUUAAAUUUAAAGUCUUUGUCAGUAAAAAUUCGUUGGCUUAGUUAGCGCCCCUUUAAAGUUUGACAGACAUCACAUGAUAAGCUAGAUUCUUACCUUGUCAAUACUGAUGAUGUGUCGUUUACAAUGAAAAUCAACCAAAAGAUAAAAAAAGUAUCAACAUGAAAACACACAUUUAGCGUCAUAAAUAACUGGACAAACCGGGGACAAACAAAAAAAAAAAAAAAUAUCCUGGCUCUAAGGUGAUCCAGACAUUACACACUUUGAAUAAAUAAACAAGCAAAUUGUUAAACAAUAAAUAAGUUAAUAAUAUAAUAACAAAUAAUAUUGAUUAAAACAAGUGAAGAUUAAAAUGUCAACUGAUUUUUAUAUACGUUAUUAUGUUGGCCACAAGGGUAAAUUUGGUCAUGAAUUUUUGGAGUUUGAAUUUCGUCCAGAUGGUAAAUUAAGAUAUGCAAAUAAUUCAAAUUAUAAAAAUGAUACAAUGAUUAGAAAAGAAGCAUAUGUACAUCAAUGUGUAAUGGAAGAAUUAAAAAGAAUAAUUCAAGAUUCAGAAAUAAUGCAAGAAGAUGAUGCAUUAUGGCCACAACCAGAUAGAGUUGGAAGACAAGAACUUGAAAUUGUUAUUGGUGAUGAACAUAUAUCAUUUACAACAUCAAAAACUGGAUCAUUAUUGGAUGUUAAUCAAUCAAGAGAUCCAGAAGGAUUACGUUGUUUUUAUUAUCUUGUACAAGAUUUAAAAUGUCUUGUAUUUUCAUUGAUUGGUCUUCAUUUUAAAAUCAAGCCAAUAUAAAUUCAUCAAUAAAACAACAAAGAAAAACUUCAAUUUCAUCUUUUUUUAUUUAUUAUAUAUAUUUAAUUAAUUAUCAAUAUAAUUUGUACUCAUUCAUUAAUACAUUUUGAUAAUAAUAAUAAAUAAAAAAUUAAUUAAAC